AGCCCAGAACGUCUGCGGGAGCUGUCAGGCCCCUGAGUGGCCGCCUGACCCGCCUCUGCUGCCGGUCUGGUUAUCUUUCUUUGUCUCCCUCGCCAGGGGCUAGCUGUUUAACCCGCGCCUCCUCCUGGACCCAGCGAAACGGGAAGUUGCCGUGGGCAAAAGGAAGCGAGCAGGACAGCUGCUUAGGAACUCUAUUUUGAGAAUCUCUCAAAACGAAAAAAAAUCAUGGAGAAGAAUGGGAACAACCGAAAACUGCGAGUUUGUGUUGCUACUUGCAACCGAGCUGAUUAUUCAAAACUUGCCCCUAUCAUGUUUGGUAUUAAGGCAGAGCCUCAGUUCUUUGAACUUGAUGUGGUAGUACUUGGAUCUCACCUAAUAGAUGACUAUGGAAACACAUAUCGUAUGAUUGAACAAGAUGAUUUUGACAUUAAUACAAGACUACACACCAUAGUUAGGGGUGAAGAUGAGGCAGCCAUGGUGGAAUCAGUAGGUCUUGCAUUAGUAAAGCUACCAGAUGUUCUUAAUCGUCUGAAACCUGACAUAAUGAUUGUUCAUGGUGAUAGAUUUGAUGCACUGGCUGUGGCUACAUCUGCUGCCUUGAUGAAUAUUCGUAUUCUUCAUAUUGAAGGUGGAGAAGUAAGUGGGACCAUAGAUGACUCUAUUAGGCAUGCUAUAACCAAAUUGGCUCAUUAUCAUGUGUGCUGCACCAGAAAUGCAGAACAACAUCUAAUAUCUAUGUGUGAAGAUCACGACCGCAUCCUUCUGGCAGGCUGCCCCUCAUAUGAUAAACUCCUUUCAGCCAAGAAUAAAGACUACAUGAGUAUUAUUCGUAUGUGGUUAGGUGAUGAUGUAAAACCAAAAGAUUACAUAGUAGCACUACAGCAUCCUGUGACCACUGAUAUUAAACAUUCUAUAAAAAUGUUUGAAUUAACAUUGGAUGCACUUAUCUCAUUUAACAAAAGGACGCUAAUUCUAUUUCCAAAUAUUGAUGCAGGGAGCAAAGAAAUGGUUCGAGUGAUGAGGAAAAAGGGAGUUGAGCAUCACCCCAAUUUCCGAGCAGUAAAACAUGUACCAUUUGACCAAUUUAUACAACUUGUAGCUCAUGCUGGAUGUAUGAUUGGCAAUAGCAGUUGUGGGGUACGAGAAGUGGGAGCAUUUGGUACUCCUGUAAUCAAUCUAGGAACACGACAGAUUGGAAGAGAAACAGGUGAAAAUGUUCUUCAUGUUCGGGAUGCUGAUACUCAAGAUAAAAUACUGCAAGCUCUGCACCUCCAGUUUGGCAAACAGUAUCCUUGUUCAAAGAUAUAUGGGGAUGGGAAUGCUGUUCCGAGGAUUUUGAAGUUUCUCAAAUCAAUUGAUCUCCAAGAACCACUACAAAAGAAGUUCUGCUUUCCCCCUGUAAAGGAGAACAUCUCUAAAGACAUUGAUCAUAUUCUUGAAACCCAAAGUGCCUUGGCUGUUGAUCUAGGUGGAACAAACCUUCGAGUUGCAAUAGUCAGUAUGAAGGGUGAAGUAGUUAAGAAAAACACUCAAUCCAAUCCUAAAACUUAUGAAGAAAGAAUUAAAUUAAUUCUACAGAUGUGUGUGGAGGCUGCAGCAGAAGCUGUAAAACUAAAUUGCAGAAUUUUGGGAGUAGGUAUUUCCACAGGGGGACGUGUAAAUCCUCGUGAAGGAAUUGUACUACAUUCUACCAAACUUAUUCAAGAAUGGAGUUCUGUGGAUCUGAGGACCCCAAUCUCGGAUACAUUGCAUCUCCCUGUCUGGGUAGACAAUGAUGGCAAUUGUGCUGCCUUGGCAGAAAGAAAAUUUGGUCAAGGAAAAGGACUGGAAAAUUUUGUGACACUCAUCACAGGCACAGGGAUCGGUGGUGGGAUCAUUCACCAGCAUGAGCUGAUACAUGGCAGCUCUUUUUGCGCUGCUGAGCUCGGACACCUCGUGGUGUCUUUGGAUGGACCUGACUGUUCAUGUGGGAAUCACGGGUGCAUCGAGGCCUACGCCUCUGGGAUGGCCUUGCAGAGAGAAGCUAAGAAACUUCAUGAUGAAGACCUUCUCUUAGUGGAAGGAAUGUCAAUGAAAAAAGAAGAAACUGUUAGUGCUCAUCAUCUCAUUCAGGCAGCUAAACUUGGCAAUGCAAAAGCUGCUAGUAUUCUUAGAACAGCAGGGACAGCUUUGGGCCUCGGUGUUGUGAAUAUUCUUCACACAAUGAAUCCUUCACUUGUGAUACUCUCUGGAGUCCUAGCAAGUCACUACAUUAACAUUGUCAAAGAUGUGAUCCGACAACAAGCUUUGUUUUCAGUUCAAACCGUGGAUGUUGUUGUUUCAGACUUGGUAGAUCCUGCCUUGCUUGGUGCUGCAAGUAUGGUGUUAGAUUAUACCACACGCCGAGUACAGUGAUGGACUUAGAGCUAUGGAAUUGAAGGAAGAUUUUAAAUUUAAUAGUCUAUUGAUUGUCUUUUUAAAGUGAAAUUUUAAAUGAAUAAUUUUAGCUACCAGUAAUUUUGGCAUACAAUUUGUGCACCUUUGUUCUUUGUUUAGCCUUCUAUUUCUUGUCUACAUUUAUUGUCCUUGUAUUUAUAGAGCUAGAUCUCAGAAUAUUUAGAAACCAGUCUCCUCUCUCUGUGCCAAAGAAAGCAGCAUAAUAGAUUUGGACUCAUUUUUAUAUCAUAGUCCAUAAUGUCUUUUUUAAGUUCUAUAUUUUGAUAUUGUAGCAUAGAUGUAGGUAACCCAUUACUUUUCAGACCUGCUAUCCUCAUAAACUUUAGUAUAAUAAAAUCUUGCUUAAGGUUAAGCAAUUCUGAAUCAACAAAUCUCUUCUUUAAGAUUUAUAUGACCUGCCUUCUAAUUUUUUUCAAUUAUAUACAUUUGUUUUCUCCCCUUUGCCCUCAUGUAAAAGGAAAAAAGGAAAAAACCCAACAAAGCCUUCAUUACAAUUAUGUAUAGUCAAGCAAAACAAAUUAAUUUUGAAUAACUUUUUUCUUUUACUUAUUUUUUAAAUUAUCAGAUAUUAGUGGUUUAUUUUUAUUGUGUUUUUAAAUGAAAUGAAGUUUCAAGAAAUGUGGGAAAUGUUAAUGUGUGAUUGUGAGAGUUAAUUGUAUAUUAAGAGCAUUACUUAAUUAAGGUAUGAAGGGAAAACAGCUUCUGCCUUCCUAGAUUGCAAUGAGCACAGCAAAACAAGAUGCUGCCUAGCCUGAGAAUUAAGUCCUUAUUUGCCUCAAUUUUUUGGACUCCUUUAUCUCUAUCUUUGGGUGGGGUCGUAUAAAAUAAAUGGAAAUUUGUCCAUCAAAUUAUAUAACUUUGUGAAAUCAUGAGCCUCAGUGGUUCAUUUCAGCCACAAUUUUAGUAUUUGAAACUUCAAGUGGAACAAAGCAACAAAAGAAAUCAGAUCUAAAUCCAUGUGAUGAUACCUAUGUUUCUACAGCACUUUGAAACUUCUAUUGAGAAGAUGUAACAUCAGUUUGGGGAUGCCUCAAUUUUUGUAGCACUUGGAAUAAGAUUGUAUCUUUACUUGGAUGAAUAUACUUAUCUCCCAUUAACAUCAGAGAUAUAUCUAUAUGAGAGGUAAAUAAUUUAAUGAACUAUAUAAUUCCCAAAUCAAUUGCAAGGCUUUAAAAUGCAUUGUUAUAUGGUAGAUGUUAUACCUGCCUAAUCAUAUUUUAUUAGAUGGACAUUCCCAGAAUGUCUGGGUAAUAAGGAGACAUGGCCCAUGAACAUUCUGAGUCUCAAGGCAAAGUAACUAUGACCAAUUGAGAAUUAACUAAGUUAACUGUGCAAGCCACCUAAGAAACCAUUUUACUUUCUUAGUCCUAUAUAAAUAAAUAUAUGCAUAUGGAUAUAUAUUUAUAUGCACAGAUAGAGUCUUUGAGAAACUUGAAUCAAGAAUUUUAGAUGACUAUGUUAAAGAGCUAUGGCAACCCUGUCUUCAUUUCUUUUUGAAUAGCCAAAAAUAAUCAUAAGCAUAACCACUGGGCCUAGAGCUUGAGGACACCUAUUUACCAAGGGCCAGGACUGUACAGGGAGAGUAAAAUCCUUAGAAAAUAAAGCAUAUACCUUCAUAACAAAAGAAUAGGUAAUCUAGUGUUUGUCUUUUGAGGUAGAAUGACUGCAAACAUUUUCUUUGAAAAAUUAAAUUGGGUCAAUGUGUAUAUGUUACAGCUAAAUUUAAUUAGCAGGUUCAUGAAUCAGAGCUUGGAUCCGUUUAAUCCCUAAGUUCUAUUGAUAGUAAUAAGUAUCCUAUUGAUCAAUUGCUCUAAGUGCCCAGGCACAGUGAUCAUAGGGCUAGGCCCCAGGAAAAUACAAAGUUCAGGUCAAACACAAUACUGUCUCAUAGAGGAAUUAGACAAAUACAUAAUAAAUGUAUUAGAGAAAUACAAAAAAGUGUGAUGGAAAUGAGGGCCAGUACAUUUAAUGAGUGAAAUUGAGGUAUUUCACUUAGAAUUAUGGUUUUUCUCAAAAUAUAACAUCUGUGUUAAAAACAAAUGAUUGAUUUGAAGAGUAGAAAGCUAACUGAUUUGUGAAUUCAAUAGUUUCCCUCUUGUGGAAAUCAGCUAGUUUUUAAGUAUGACAUAUAUAUAAAACAGUUAUUUGCAUUUUAUCAGUUCUCUUAUUUUUUUUUUUAAUAAACUCCAACUUUUUGUCAAAUUAUGUUUAUUUCAAGUUUAGGAUAGUGUUAAUGUCUGAACCUAUCAGUUUUGUGUUUUCUGUACUGAAUGAAGAUAAUAUUUUACCUUUAAUCUUGUUUUAUAUUUAAUAAUAUAUAUUUAGAUGAUCUUAUAAAAUGGUACUUUGAAAAAUCAUUAGGUUUUAUUUUUAUGACAUUCCAUGGUGGCUUUGUACUGGAAAUGAAGACCCAGUAGUGACACCGUUUAUGCAAAACAUGAGCAAUUUAUACCUGCUGCAUACACCAAAUCAUUAGGUCUAAUUUAGUCAAUCAUAUAUUUAUUAAGUGCUUAUUAUGUGCCAAAUACAGUUGACAGACAAGAAACAUUGAAUACAAAAGUGAUUCUGAAUAGUGCUCCUAUGCAUAUAUGUACAUUAAUUCUGAUCAUUUUAAUUUAUUCUUAAAUAUCAUUAUUUAAAAAAUAUCUGUACAAUGCAUUUAAUUUAUUUUAAUAUGACCAGUUUUGUUUUAAUGGGCUGACCUAAAUUCUAAAUAAAUGACACUCUUUAUAUGUA